CAUGCGCUGUGCCACUGAACAGCCGCAGGCGAGGCGAGUGGCUGGCGCGAGCCUCUGGCUGGCAGGAGGUGCACCCCGUGCUCGAGACCGGGACCUGAGACCCGAGGUUUCGAGUCCGCGGCCUCGGGGCGUCAAACCCUUGCCUUGAGAGCCCAGGGAGAGGCGGUGAAGGCGGCCCUCAAUCCAGGGACCCGGACGAUGAAUGACAACCUCAACAACGAAGGCCCCCGGCCAAUGGAGGGCUGUGACCAGGACAGCAGCAGUGCCCUGGGCAUCUCUGCAGCCCCAGCCCCACACAAGGAGGAAGGGGCUGGAGUAGCUGCAAAGUCAGAGCCUCAGCCUGGGCUCUACAGCUACAUCAGGGACGACUUGUUCACUUCAGAGAUCUUCAAAUUGGAGCUGCAGAACGUGCCACGCCACGCAAGCUUCAGUGAUGUCCGGCGCUUUCUGGGCCGCUUUGGCCUGCAGCCCCAUAAGACCAAACUCUUUGGCCAACCUCCUUGUGCCUUUGUGACAUUCCGCUGCGCUGCUGAACGGGACAAGGCCUUGCGUGUGCUACACGGUGCCCUCUGGAAGGGCCGCCCUCUCAGCGUGCGCCUGGCCAGGCCCAAGGCUGAUCCUAUGGCCAGGAAGAGGCAGCGUGAGGAUGAGGGUGAGCAGCAGGCCACAUGCGUAGCUGAUGUAGUGACCCCUCUUUGGACUGUACCGUAUGGUGAGCAGCUUGAUCGAAAGCGGCUGGAAUGUGAACAGGUGCUGCAGAAGCUGGCCAAGGAAAUUGGAAGCACCAACCGUGCCCUCCUACCCUGGCUGCUCUCACAGAGGCACAAGCACAACAAAGCCUGCUGCCCACUAGAGGGGGUCAGACCAUCACCCCAGCAGACCGAGUAUCGAAACAAGUGUGAGUUUCUGGUGGGCGUCGGGGUGGACGGGGAGGACAACACUGUCGGCUGCCGGCUAGGAAAGUACAAGGGCGGGACAUGUGCUGUGGCAGCCCCCUUUGACACCGUGCACAUCCCUGAAGCCACCAAGCAGGUGGUGAAGGCCUUUCAGGAGUUUAUCCGGUCUACUCCGUACUCGGCAUAUGACCCAGAGACAUACUCAGGCCACUGGAAGCAGCUGACAGUGCGCACCAGCCGCCGCGGCCAAGCUAUGGCCAUUGCCUACUUCCACCCUCAGAAACUGAGCCCUGAGGAGCUGGCAGAACUGAAGGCCGCCUUAGCACAACAUUUCACAGUGGGGCCGGGCAAGGCCAGCGGGGUGACCUGCCUCUACUUCGUGAAGGAGGGACAGCGAAAGACUCCCAGCCAAGAGGGCCUGCCCCUGGAGCACGUGGCUGGGGACCAGUACAUCCAUGAAGACUUGCUGGGGUUGACCUUCCAGAUUUCUCCUCAUGCCUUUUUCCAGGUGAACACCCCAGCUGCUGAGGUGCUCUAUACAGUCAUCCAGGACUGGGCCCAGCUGGACACGGGGAGUACAGUGCUGGAUGUGUGCUGUGGCACUGGCACCAUUGGCCUGGCCCUGGCCCGGAAGGUGAAGAGAGUUGUGGGGAUUGAGCUGUGCCAGGAGGCUGUGGAGGAUGCUCGGGUGAAUGCCCACAACAAUGAGUUGAGCAAUGUUGAGUUCCACUGCGGAAGGGCUGAGGACCUGGUGCCUGCCCUGGUGAGCAAGCUGGCCUCCCAGCAGCUCAUUGCCAUCCUAGAUCCACCACGCGCCGGCCUGCAUUCCAAAGUGAUCCUGGCCAUCCGCAGAGCUGAGAACCUCAAGCGGCUCCUGUACGUCUCCUGCAACCCCCGGGCAGCCAUGGGCAACUUUAUAGACCUCUGCAGAGCCCCAUCUAAUCGGGUGAAGGGCACACCCUUCCGGCCAGUCAAGGCUGUGGCUGUGGACCUGUUCCCGCAGACCCCACAUUGUGAGAUGCUCAUCUUGUUCGAGAGAGUGGAGUACCCCAAAGGCACAGAAACCCUGGAGCCCCAGGACCCUCCAGCCCAGCACUCACCCAGGUCCCCAGGUGAUACCCAGCAAGAAGCUGGGCCCUCCCCUCCUUCCUAGGCUUGGAGCAGUGGAAAUGAGUUCUUCUAGAUCAGGUGCUGGUCUGCAUCACAGGGACAGAAACCUCAAGUCCUUGCCUCGCCAAAACACCCAGACCACAGUAACCAACAGGGCACCAGACCCAGCUGUUUGUUCUUCCUGUCCUGUGGGCUGUAGGCUCUUUGCACACAGACACACACAUACCCAUUGUUUUUAGAACUCUUGGGCCACAAGAACCAGAAUAAACAA